AUGGAAUAUAGAGCGCAAAUGCAAUAUCUAAACGCAGACAGCAUAUCCUCACGGUCGACACAGACGUCGUCGGUAUUCUCCGGGGAAGGUGACGACUAUGAUGCACGUAUCAAGGAGAUUGAGGAGUACUACAUGCGCACGCUGUUGAACGAGAACGAAGACGCAGGUGCGAACGCUGGUAAGAACGCUCCUGCCAAAGCGCAGCACUCGUGGACCAACUCGCGCUCCGUUGCCAAGGCCAUUUUGGAACUACCUCGUCAACGGUCGCACCCAUGGUCUCAGCCACUUCCAGUGCGUCCCAGCGCUCCCACACAAACUUCACCCGACCUUGAGGUUGAGAUCAACUCUCAAUACCGUCCUUCCAACGGUGUUCUGCCACUGACGAGCGAGAAUCUGAAGUUACUGCAGAACCCCAAGUUGAUGCCUCAAAAGCUCGAAUGUGGUGAUGCUGCGACAGCAGCAGCAGCUGCCGAAACACCCUCUUCAUCGCAGGGUCGCAAACAGGGUGGUGGAAACGAGAAGUGUAACAAGGCGCUCUACAAGACCGAGCUUUGCGAGUCUUUCUCUACAACGGGCUACUGUAAGUACGGUAACAACUGCCAAUUUGCCCACGGGUUACAGGAACUAAAGUUUAAGGAGCGCAGCAACAAGUUCAGGACUAAGCCUUGUAUCAACUGGAUGCAGCAUGGCAAGUGUCGUUAUGGGAAGCGGUGCUGCUUCAAGCACGGAGAUGACGAGGACAUCCAAGUGUACGUGAAAGCAGGCACUGUGAAGAAUGAGAUCGAUAAUGGUCAUCCUCGCAAGAACCUCCACGCUGACGUGCAAGCACUGCAAAGAAUUAUAUGGUAA